AUGGUCCGAGGACAACGUUGUGACCCCGGAAGCGGUCCUGGGAGGUCAGGGCCCAAGAUGGCGGCGCGCGCGGCGUGCGUGGCUAUGUGCAGGCGCCUGCAGCAGGAACUGGGAACUUUGUCUGUGAGUGGUCCCAAGAGCAGCACAGCCCAAACUGGUGGCCUCCUGCUCAGCACCAGUAAGAAGUGGGCACCAUGGUCAAACCUGCACAUGGAUGUUCCAAAGGAUUUGACCAAACCUAUGCCUAUUUCCCAAACACCUGCACUUCUUUAUCCUAGAAUACUGGCAAAUGCACACUGCAGGCUGUCUGAUGUCCUUGGGAGCGCCUGUGCUAUUUUUCAUGCUAUCAAAAUAACCGUUUCUGAUGAGCCGGACACAUUGUACAAACGCGUGUCCAUUUUGGUGAAAGCCCAUGACAAGGCUGUGUUAGACAGUUACGAGUAUUUUGCCGUGCUCGCUGCUAAGGAACUUGGCAUUUCCAUUAACGUACAUGAGCCACCAAGGAAGAUAGAGCGCCUCACUCUUCUCAAGUCAGUGCACAUCUUCAAGAAGCACAGGGUCCAGUACGAGAUGAGGACGCUCUACAGACACUUAGAGUUAAAACACUUGACCGGAUGCACAGCCAACGUCUACUUGGAAUAUAUCCAGCGAAACUUACCCGAAGGGGUUGCCAUGGAGGUAACAAAGACACAGAUACAGCAGUUGCCAGAACACAUCAAGGAGCCAAUGUGGGAAACACUCACCGAGGAGAAAGAAGAAAGAACAUCCUAGCCUCGGAGAUGCCGCUGUGCCUGGAUCCGGACUGAGCAGGCCUGCUGUGGCUUACGGGGAGACUGCUCCAGCUGAGGGCUAGCCACACCCGCCUGACCUUGCUGCUGAGUCCUUAGCUGCUGCCUGGACUCAGAAGAACCGCUGUGGCUGUCCUUUUUUACUGCCGCUGCUUGUGCUCUGGUGGGAACAAGCGUUAACGACCUCUCUAUGACCUAAAAUAAAAAAUCCAGAUUUAAA